CAUCUAUGUUAUUAUGAUGAUUUUAUCCUGAUGUUUUAAUCAAACCUUGAAUAAAAAUGAUCAAAUUCUCAGUAGUAGUGCAGGUGUUUUUGUAUAUAAUGCGUACGCACUGGCGAAAAAGAAAUCACCGUCUGAAAAUACCUGCCUCUUCAAAGGACACUAGCCAAGUCCUUUCUCCAAAUUUUCUUCAGCAGAACAUAUGGAUUUCAGAUUUUCUAGCCUACCCAGCUAUCAUAGAGUUUUCAAGCCAUGAAAGAAGAGUCCAAACCUUUAACAGUCCUUUGUUUAUGUGGAGGAGACCACAAGUUAGUUGCCUUCGUCUGGCAGAAGAUGGUUUAUAUUUCGAUACGGAUAAGGAUGAAUGCGUGUGUUACAGAUGCCUCCAUUCCUUGCCGUUGUACUCACUACAACAGAAUAGCCCUUGGCAUGACGAAACCUGCCCCCUCACAAUUGAUCCCUGGAGUCGAGCUGUCCAUGCGAUUUCAACACAAUCUUUAUUUACUCCAUUGUAUUCUAACCGGCCUAGAGUACAACAGGCAAUGCCUGUACAUUUCUACCACACAGAAUACGGUGAUGUUGACAGAGCCGUGUUAAGGAGAAGCAGAUUGGAGUUUACGCCAGAAAUAGAUCACGCCAAUAAUCAGAUUAAUGCGGUUGAUCUUCACAUCAAGCUAAAAUCAACAGCCAAACAAAAUACUGGCAAUGAGCUGAACAAGGACGCUGGGCAUACAUCUGAACAGUCUCAACCCACUGACUACAUUUUCAUUUUAGAACAACUAGAAAAUGCAGGUAGUGCAAGAUCUGAAGAUCCAGUCAUAGAAAACCCAUGUCCUGCAGAUUACAACGGUCUCUCCGAGGCUGUUGGUGGAGCUCCGUUAGACUAUUCAGAAGCAGGUUGUCAGUUUGAUACGGAUUACUUUGGUUAUCCUGGGGGUGUUCGCGCUCCACUAGAAGAUGAAUAUGGUACAGAAGAAACCAGUCUGGAGAGGGACUGACAAACUUUAACAGAAGAAAAUAAAAAGCAUUCCAUAUAUAUAUAUAUAUAU